AACUAAUUUAAAGACAUUAGUGAUUUAAUGAUAUGUAUUUUAUAUUAUAUCAUAAUAGCAUGGAAGAUUUUGCAGAUCAAGUUGCACAACUUUGUAUAGAAAAAUAUGCAAAGCUUAGUAAAACUGGUAAACCAACGGAAAAAGAAUGGACUGUAUUGUCGGGUAUCGUAUUAAAGAAACACGAUGAUUCGUUGUCUUUAGUAGCUCUUGCUACGGGAACAAAAUGUUUAGGGAAAAUAGAUUUAAUAAAUACAGAAAUAUACAAAGAAGGUUGUAGAUUACACGAUUCUCACGCUGAAGUUCUUUCUAGACGUGCCUUUUUAAGAUACUUGUAUAACCAGAUCGAUUUGUUAGUUGAUGGUAUUGAAAGUGAUGUUUUCGAAAUGGAUGAUGAAAACAAAAUUAAAUUACAAAGUGGAAUAUCAUUCCAUUUCUUCACAAGUCAAACACCUUGUGGAGAUUGUUCCAUAUUUUUGAAAGAGUCCUGUGACAAUAACCCACCUCCAACAAAAAUUAGAAAAGAGGAGCACAUAAUCAAAGAUGUAUAUAGAACUGGUGCAAAAUGUGUUAAAUCUGAAAAAUACCACGAUCCUUACCUACCAGGAGUGAACUAUCAUGUAGUUGGACCAUUACGCACUAAACCCGGAAGGGGAAAUCCUACUCUCAGCUUGUCUUGUUCAGAUAAAAUAGCAAAAUGGAAUAUUGUGGGAUUACAGGGCUCACUUUUAUCAAUAUUAAUACCUACAAUAAAAAUAGAUACCGUUGUAGUUGGAGGUAGCUGUCCUUUCUCUUUAGAGGCAAUGGAACGUGGAUUGUAUAAACGGUUCAAUAAAGAAUUAUAUGAAUUAAAAAUUGUGCAAAGCAAUAUCUCUUUUAAAGAGCAGAAAAAUUAUGAAAGAACACAUCCGUGCCCAUCAAGUAUAAUAUGGUGUGCUGUCAAAAAUCGUGAUACGGAAAUAGCAAUUGAAGGCAGAAAACAAGGUGCCACUAAAAAGAAGAAAGGUAACUAUUUACUUGUAACAAAACGAGCAUUGUUUGAAACGUUCUUACGAGUUUAUGAUAAGUAUCAUAACUUUGAGUGCAAUAUAAAACAUCCUAAAAAAAUCACCUAUUUAGAUUGUAAAAAGUGGUCCAAAAAUUAUCACAAUUUAUGGACCACUUUAAAGUCAAAUAUUUUCCACGCAUGGCCUUCUAAACCAAUUCACUUACAAACAUUUGUAUUAUAAAAUUUACGGUCUUACGGGGGUUGAUUUAAUUACGAUUUAAAUCGUAGUUAGAAAUUUUAUCAUUUAUUCGUUGGAAUUACAAAACUAUUAUAUAUAAUAAAAAUAUAAAUACUUUGAUUUUAUAAUAUCCGCCUGCUUAUGUUUGUAUAGCCCACGCCUACACAAGUUAAAACAACUUGAUCUAAUACUUCAUCUUCUUCUUUAAGCGGCUCAAUUUUAAAGACGAUUCCAAAGAAAUCCCGUAAAUCGCGUAAAAACUGUAUCCUAUAGAAACAAUGUUUUUUUUAGAUUUAACAUUUGGGCUAAUCUUUUUUUCGAUACUUACAUUGAUGGUGUUAAAGGUCCUGUUACAACUUUAGACACAUCCUUUUUACCUAAUGCCAUAAACAUAGCAGUCAUGGGUUGGAAAGGUGAAUCCACGCAUCCAUUUCUGAAAUUAUAUAAGUUUAUGUUACACUUCAA